CAGGGGGAGCCAGUGUGGACUUAUCAGGAGGAGUCAGUGUGGACUUAUAAGUGUGGACUUAUCAGGAGGAGUCAGUGUGGACUUAUAAGUGUGGACUUAUCAGGAGGAGUCAGUGUGGACUUAUCAGGAGUCAGUGUGGACCUGUAAGUGUGGACUUAUCAGGAGUUAGUGUGGACUUAUCAGGAGUCAGUGUGGACUUAUAAGUGUGGACUUACCAGGAAGAGUCAGUGUGGACUUAUCAGGAGGAGUCAGUGUGGACUUAUCAGGAGUCAGUGUGGACCUGUAAGUGUGGACUUAUCAGGAGGAGUCAGUGUGGACUUAUCAGGAGUCAGUGUGGACCUGUAAGUGUGGACUUAUCAGGAGUCAGUGUGGACUUAUCAGGAGUCAGUGUGGACCUGUAAGUGUGGACUUAUCAGGAGGAGUCAGUGUGGACUUAUCAGGAGUCAGUGUGGACCUGUAAGUGUGGACUUAUCAGGAGUCAGUGUGGACUUAUCAGGAGUCAGUGUGGACCUGUAAGUGUGGACUUAUCAGGAGGAGUCAGUGUGGACUUAUCAGGAGUCAGUGUGGACCUGUAAGUGUGGACUUAUCAGGAGGAGUCAGUGUGGACUUAUCAGGAGUCAGUGUGGACCUGUAAGUGUGGACUUAUCAGGAGUCAGUGUGGACUUAUCAGGAGUCAGUGUGGACCUGUAAGUGUGGACUUAUCAGGAGUCAGUGUGGACUUAUCAGAAGUCAGUGUGGACUUAUCAGGAGUCAGUGUGGACUUAUCAGGAGGAGUCAGUGUGGUCUUAUAAGUGUGGACUUAUCAGGAGGAGUCAGUGUGGACUUAUCAGGAAGAGUCAGUGUGGACUUAUCAGUAGUCAGUGUGGACUUAUCAGUAGUCAGUGUGGACUUAUCAGGAGUCAGUGUGGACUUAUCAGGAGUCAGUGUGGACUUAUCAGGAGUCAGUGUGGACUUAUAAGUGUGGACUUACCAGGAAGAGUCAGUGUGGACUUAUCAGGAGGAGUCAGUGUGGACUUAUCAGGAGUCAGUGUGGACCUGUAAGUGUGGACUUAUCAGGAGGAGUCAGUGUGGACUUAUCAGGAGUCAGUGUGGACCUGUAAGUGUGGACUUAUCAGGAGUCAGUGUGGACUUAUCAGGAGUCAGUGUGGACCUGUAAGUGUGGACUUAUCAGGAGGAGUCAGUGUGGACUUAUCAGGAGUCAGUGUGGACCUGUAAGUGUGGACUUAUCAGGAGUCAGUGUGGACUUAUCAGGAGUCAGUGUGGACCUGUAAGUGUGGACUUAUCAGGAGGAGUCAGUGUGGACUUAUCAGGAGUCAGUGUGGACCUGUAAGUGUGGACUUAUCAGGAGGAGUCAGUGUGGACUUAUCAGGAGUCAGUGUGGACCUGUAAGUGUGGACUUAUCAGGAGGAGUCAGUGUGGACUUAUCAGGAGUCAGUGUGGACCUGUAAGUGUGGACUUAUCAGGAGUCAGUGUGGACUUAUCAGGAGUCAGUGUGGACCUGUAAGUGUGGACUUAUCAGGAGUCAGUGUGGACUUAUCAGAAGUCAGUGUGGACUUAUCAGGAGUCAGUGUGGACUUAUCAGGAGGAGUCAGUGUGGUCUUAUAAGUGUGGACUUAUCAGGAGGAGUCAGUGUGGACUUAUCAGGAAGAGUCAGUGUGGACUUAUCAGUAGUCAGUGUGGACUUAUCAGUAGUCAGUGUGGACUUAUCAGGAGUCAGUGUGGACUUAUCAGGAGUCAGUGUGGACUUAUAAGUGUGGACUUACCAGGAAGAGUCAGUGUGGACUUAUCAGGAGGAGUCAGUGUGGACUUAUCAGGAGUCAGUGUGGACCUGUAAGUGUGGACUUAUCAGGAGGAGUCAGUGUGGACUUAUCAGGAGUCAGUGUGGACCUGUAAGUGUGGACUUAUCAGGAGUCAGUGUGGACUUAUCAGUAGUCAGUGUGGACCUGUAAGUGUGGACUUAUCAGGAGGAGUCAGUGUGGACUUAUCAGGAGUCAGUGUGGACCUGUAAGUGUGGACUUAUCAGGAGUCAGUGUGGACUUAUCAGGAGUCAGUGUGGACCUGUAAGUGUGGACUUAUCAGGAGGAGUCAGUGUGGACUUAUCAGGAGUCAGUGUGGACCUGUAAGUGUGGACUUAUCAGGAGGAGUCAGUGUGGACUUAUCAGGAGUCAGUGUGGACCUGUAAGUGUGGACUUAUCAGGAGGAGUCAGUGUGGACUUAUCAGGAGUCAGUGUGGACCUGUAAGUGUGGACUUAUCAGGAGUCAGUGUGGACUUAUCAGGAGUCAGUGUGGACCUGUAAGUGUGGACUUAUCAGGAGUCAGUGUGGACUUAUCAGAAGUCAGUGUGGACUUAUCAGGAGUCAGUGUGGACUUAUCAGGAGGAGUCAGUGUGGUCUUAUAAGUGUGGACUUAUCAGGAGGAGUCAGUGUGGACUUAUCAGUAGUCAGUGUGGACUUAUCAGUAGUCAGUGUGGACUUAUCAGUAGUCAGUGUGGACUUAUCAGGAGUCAGUGUGGACUUAUCAGGAGUCAGUGUGGACUUAUAAGUGUGGACUUACCAGGAAGAGUCAGUGUGGACUUAUCAGGAGGAGUCAGUGUGGACUUAUCAGGAGGAGUCAGUGUGGACUUAUCAGUAGUCAGUGUGGACUUAUCAGGAGUCAGUGUGGACUUAUCAGGAGUCAGUGUGGACUUAUCAGGAGUCAGUGUGGACUUAUAAGUGUGGACAUACCAGGAAGAGUCAGUGUGGACUUAUCAGGAGGAGUCAGUGUGGACUUAUCAGGAGGAGUCAGUGUGGACUUAUCAGUAGUCAGUGUGGACUUAUCAGGAGUCAGUGUGGACUUAUCAGGAGUCAGUGUGGACUUAUAAGUGUGGACUUACCAGGAAGAGUCAGUGUGGACUUAUCAGGAGGAGUCAGUGUGGACUUAUCAGGAGUCAGUGUGGACCUGUAAGUGUGGACUUAUCAGGAGUCAGUGUGGACUUAUCAGGAGUCAGUGUGGACUUAUCAGGAGUCAGUGUGGACUUGUAAGUGUGGACUUAUCAGAGGGAGUCAGUGUGGACUUAUCAGGGGGAGUCAGUGUGGAUUUAUCACUUUUAUAAGCUCAGUGUGGACUUAUCAGGAGGAGACCAGUGUGGACUUAUUAGAAAGAACUCAGUAUUGACUUAUAAUUCUGGACUUAUGAAGAGGAACUCAGUGUGGACUUGCAAGUUUGAAUUUAUCAAGAGAAGCUCAUUGUAGAUUUAUCAGGAGGAGCUAAGUGUUGACAUAUCAGGACAAACUCAGUGUGAACUUAUUAGAAGGAACUUAGUGUGGACUUAUCAGGAGGAGCUAGGUGUGGACUUGUAAGUGUGGAUUUAUCAGGAGAAGCUAAAUGUAAAAUUAUCAGGAGAAAUUAUUAGACAUCGCUCAGUGUGGACGAAUACGUUUGGAUUUAUCAGAAGGAGCUCAUAGUGGAUUUAUAAGUUUGGACUUAUCAGGAGGAGCUCAGUGUUGACUUACAAGUUUGAACUUAUAGGGAUCAGGAAAAGCUGUGUGAACUUAUCAGGAGAAGCUCUGUGUGAACUUAUCAGGAGAAGCUCAGUUUUGACAUACAAGUGUGGUCUUAUCAGGAGGAACUCAGUGUGAACUUACAAGUGUGGUCUUAUCAGGAGGAGCUCAGUGUGAACUUAUCAGGAGGAACUCAGUGUGAACUUACAAGUGUGGUCUUAUCAGGAGGAACUCAGUGUGAACUUACAAGUGUGGUCUUAUCAGGAGGAACUCAGUGUGAACUUACAAGUGUGGUCUUAUCAGGAGGAGCUCAGUGUGAACUUAUCAGGAGGAACUCAGUGUGAACUUACAAGUGUGGUCUUAUCAGGAGGAGCUCAGUGUGAACUUAUCAGGAGGAGCUCAGUGUGAACUUAUCAGGAGGAACUCAGUGUGGACAUUUUCAGGAGCUCAGUGUGGACAUUUCAGGAUCAGGAGGAGCUCAGUGUGGACAUUUCAGGAUCAGGAGGAACUCAGUGUGGACAUUUCAGGAUCAGGAGGAACUCAGUGUGAACUUACAAGUGUGGUCUUAUCAGGAGGAGCUCAGUGUGGACAUUUUAGGAUCAGGAGGAACUCAGUGUGAACUUACAAGUGUGGUCUUAUCAGGAGGAGCUCAGUGUGGACAUUUCAGGAUCAGGAGGAACUCAGUGUGAACUUACAAGUGUGGUCUUAUCAGGAGGAGCUCAGUGUGGACAUUUCAGGAUCAGGAGGAACUCAGUGUGAACUUACAAGUGUGAACUUAUCAGGAGGAACUCAGUGUGAACAUUUCAGGAUCAGGAGGAGCUCAGUGUGGACAUUUCAGGAUCAGGAGGAGCUCAGUGUGGACUUAUCAGGAGGAGCUCAGUGUGGACAUUUCAGGAUCAGGAGGAACUCAGUGUGAACUUACAAGUGUGGUCUUAUCAGGAGGAGCUCAGUGUGGACAUUUCAGGAUCAGGAGGAGCUCAGUGUGGACAUUUCAGGAUCAGGAGGAGCUCAGUGUGGACUUAUCAGGAGGAGCUCAGUGUGGACUUAUCAGGAGGAGCUCAGUGUGGACAUUUCAGGAUCAGGAGGAACUCAGUGUGAACUUACAAGUGUGAACUUAUCAGGAGGAACUCAGUGUGGACAUUUUAGGAUCAGGAGGAGCUCAGUGUGGACAUUUCAGGAUCAGGAGGAGCUCAGUGUGGACAUUUCAGGAUCAAGAGGUGCUCAGUGUGGACUUUUGAGUUGCAUAAGCUAAGGGUGGGCUCCUGAGUAUCUGUGCGGACAUAACAGUGUCAGGAGAUAACUCAGUGUGGACUGUUAUCAGUGUCAAUGUGGACUAUCCAGAAGGACCCAGACAGAGCAUCUCUCUACAUUGAAUAGAAAAGUGAAUCCAGGAUAGGUCUAUGCAUGUGACCCCCAGGCAUAGAAAACAAAGGAAGGAUUGUUCUUUCCACCUUUGAGAGAAUAGGAAUGUUUCCCUGAUCUGACACUUAGAGGAAGACUUGCACUUAGUGAGAUGCAGGGGGUAGGAAAGUGAGGAGGAGAGGAUCAGGGACAUGGAAUAGUGGAAGGAAUAAAGUGAGUGUGAAGAGGAGGAUGGAGAUAUAAGAGACGGGGAUAUAAGAAGGUGAGGACAGAUGGGAGACAGAAGGUGACUAGAAGGAGAAAGCACUAGUGGGAAGUGUGGGAAAAGUGUGAUAUUGGGAAGAAGAAGUAAGGUAGAAUAGAAGGCAGGAGAGUGGGAACAAAUCAGAGCUGAGAGAGAAGGAGGGGGUGCUGCUGUACUAGAGCUAACCCCCUAACAGGUCCCCCAGUGUGAGCGGAGGGAGAGGAGGAGAUGCUGCGAGGACAUUCUCUGCCCAGCACUGUCACCAGGAAAGCUCUGCAGGACAGCCGCAUCGCUAUGUGACUCCAUAUCCGACCGCAACAAGACAUGACCCCUCAGUCAGUGGAGGAUUGCCUACAGAGCACCCUGUCAUCCCUGUACCCUCCCUUUGAAGUGACCGCUCCGACUCUCCUGACCCAGGUUUUCUCAGUACUAGAGAGGACUUAUCGUGAGGAUCCUCUCAGAUAUACCUUUGAAUUCCUCAUACCAGCCAAGAGAAUUCUGCAAAAUGUACAACAUCAGGCAUGUUCUCAGUACAGUGGGUUUCUCUUCUUCCAUGAAGGCUGGCCACUUUGCCUUGGUGAGAAGGUCCUCAUUCAGCUGUCAUCCCUUCCUUGGCACUUUCUGAAAAAUGGGGAUUUCUACUUGCAAGUGGUGCCAUACUUGGAAUGUUCUCCAAGACUUGUACUAAAGUGCCUUUCUCAAGAUGGAAGUGGUGUCCAGGAGAUUGUGGUGCCUGAAUCUUCUCAUUCAUUUCUCUUUUCUGCUGAAUGGCUUAACAGUAUCAAUAAAGACCGUAGUACUGUACGUCUUGAGAACUGUCUAGCAGCCGUAGAGGAAAAAGUCCUUCGUCUACCAUGGUCUGAAAUAAUUUAUCCCCGUUUCAUUCACAAAGAAGGCUUCAUUGUAGGAAGGAAAUCCACUCCAGGGCCUCUAAUGCCACCACUAGAAUACAGAAGCCCCGGUGAUGGAGGGAUUGCCAUAGGAGAUUUGGUGGACCCCAAAAUUGGUGCUCAAUUGUCAUUUUCAAAUAAUCAAAAUGAGACUAUGGGCUGGAGAGAAGGUGCUGUAUCCCCCGUGCUGGGUUCUCUCUCUGGCUCAGUGACAGACUCAGUAGAGGGGGAGUAUGUUGAACUCAGCCCACCACAUGCAGAAUUAGUAGGAAAAGUGGAAAGUCCCAGAGACACAUGGGCAUCACGAGCCAAGACUGCCCCAAGUAGAAAAGGUAAAAAGAAAGGACACCAGGCAUGGCUGCAUCAGAAGAAGCCAGGAAAGGUAGGUUCUUUGAGCACUUUAAAGGGAAGAUCCCAAGAGAUAUGGGAAGACAGAUUUUGCACAGGUGAAGCUGAAGACCAAGCACAGUCUGCAGCAGAGGGACAGAAUUACUGGGAUGUUGAGACAACAAGUUAUUCCAAUGAGACUGAUGUGUUGGCUGAGUGGAGAAAAGGUUUGGAUCUCCUUCAAAGGCAAGAGAGAGACAUGAUUCCCGAGAGACGGGUUUGGGGUUCUUCUGAGAGACAGUUAUGGGAUGAUAAAGACUGUUCAGAGGAAAACAGGGCACCUUCCUGGGUUACUGAGAGAUCUGUCAGCAGAAAAGGUUCUCAGGAAGAGGACCGCUUAUCAGAGACACCUAAAGAAUGUUCUUUAAAAGUUGAUAGCCUUAAGGAAAGAGAGGAAUUGCUUUCUAUAGAAGGCACUGGAGAUGCUUCGGAUUGCCAAAGAAUUCCAACUGGAGACAGUUUGCAACUACCUGUAGAAAAACAAACAGAAACAUCUACAAAUAAUAAUUCCAGUUCUGCAGAUAGUUGUCAAAGUGAACCCCAGCCGGACUUUACAAAACAGUCACCUAAAGAAGCUAAACAGCCACUGGACACUCUGCCGGAGGUCUGUGAUUCAAGAGAAUCUUCGCUGACCAGGAAAGGCAGAACAUGGGCGGAUGGCCAGGAGACAUCAAGGAUAGAAAAGGAAGGGGAAAAAGAAGGGGACACUGCAACAGAAAAUGUUGAGGUUCCAUCCAAUGAAACAAAAAAACACCCAGAAAAAGAAAAACAUCCAGUUUGGAGUCAAGUUGCUGAUUUAUCCCAUAAGACUGGAAGAGGAAGGAGGAAAAAGAGGAACAAGAGGGCAAGGGGACCCAUAAGGACUGAGGCAAGGAAAGCAACUCACAAGGUUGGGCAGAAUAAAACCGAUACCAAGCAAGAAGAACCUGAACUUGAAACUGAAUCCAAAGAAGCAGAAAUAUCACCUGGAGUGGAAGAACCAACCACUUUGGUAGAGAAAGAACCAGAUCCAAAUUCUGUCCAGAGUCCUUUGCCAGAACCCCCUCUUAUUUCAGAUUACAAAUGUCUACACAAGAAUGUAAACUGGGACAUAUUGGAAUCCGGGGUCUUCUGUCUGACUGGAGGACAAGACCUGGACAAGAGAGCGCUGCUCAUGAUGUCUCCGGCCAAAGCACCAUCUGGAUUCAGCCAGAAAGACCUUCAGGAAACCAUUGUUUAUUUCUUCUCUCUUCUCAGGUCUGAUGUGCGUGAUUUGGGAAUGACCCUCAUUUUGGAUCUUCGAGAUUGCGCAGCCAACAAGGAGGCUUUUCUAGAAAUGCUUCACAACAGCAAGGACGCAGUCCACGGCUGUAUAAAUCGCACCUUAUUUGUUUAUGAUGAAGAGAAUGCUGCUACAUUUCAAAGUGACCUUCAACAAACACAGGUUGUAUUAGCAUCAGAACUGACAAAGUAUGUUGAGGCUGAAGAGCUCCCAGAGAGUCUUGGAGGAGAGAAGCCUUAUGUGCAUCUGGAGUGUGUGAGAAGCCAACGGUCUCUUAGCAAGCUCCACACAUUGUGCUGCGAUGUGCUUGAGUCACUGGAGAAGGUCACACAAGAGGCCAAAGAGGACACCACAGAGGACAUUAUGUGGUUAAUCUCCCAUCACCGAGAUGCCAUGAAGAAAGCCCUGACUGAUGAAAGAAUGCAGAGGUUGCAGAGAGAUGGUGGCACUCUUGUUGCCAGGCUCCAGAAGUCGCCUUACUUGAGAUUAUACGACCCAGUGACCUUUGACUUGUAUGAGAGAGUAGAUGAAGCUUUACAUAAUCUUGUCCAGCUGUCAAAUCAGAAACUGCAAGAUCUUGAGGCAAGAUUGCCAACACAAGGCUGGCGAGACAGAAGUGAGGAUUCUCAGAGUUUGCUGAAUACCCUAAGACAAGGAGACAUGAAAAUGGAAAUAAUUGGGGAGACAACUGAAGAGACACAAACAUCAGACGAGUAUCGUGUGCCAUUCUUAGAACCAAAUGGUCGCAAGACAGAGGUUGGUGUCAGGAUCCGUGGCCUAGAGGUCAGUAGUCGAGAGCUAGCGGACCGUACCUGCAGCCCCCCUCGUGGUCAUGUUCUCAGCAGAGGUGAUGGGAGAGGAGCAGAUGCCCCUUGGGGUGGUAUUCCAAAACCAGAUGGAAAAAGGUCUCCACAACGCUUGCUGUUAGACCUCCUUUGCUCUGAGCGGAGUUACGUACAGUCUUUGCGCCGGUCUCUGGAGGUCAGAGGGUCAUGUCCGGCAAGCCUGGCACUCAGAGGCAGCCUGGAGCAGCUCCUGAACUUCCAUACUCACUUCCUGAGAGACCUCCAGAAUUGUGUGUCUCACCCCUUCACUGUGUCAUACUGCUUUCUGCAACAUGCUGACCAGUUACGCUUAUACUCCCUGUAUGUGAAGAACAGACAGAAGGUUGAGCUGUUUCUUCCAUCCCCCAGCGGCAGUUUAAAGGGCAAGAAAAGGGACCAGAAGGAAGAGGAUGACUCUUGGGGUAUUCUUUAUAGACCAUUGGAGCAUUUGGACCAGUACCAGCGCUUUCUGGCAGACAUGAUGCUUGAAUGUGACCAGGACAGUGAACAGGAGCGACAGUCUCUACAUGCUGCCCGAGAACUUGUGGGCUCUCUCUCGCAUCAUGGGAAAAACCUGCUAGCUGCUGAAGCCAUCAGGGGAUUUGAGGUUGAUGAGAAGGAACAUGGCCGCCUUUUGCUGAAGGACGUGUUCACAGUAUUAUCCGGGAGAAAGAAAUCUUUUCGCCAUGUAUUUCUGUUCCAAAAACUGCUUCUGCUAAGCAAACUAAAGACAGCAGAGGGAGGUCUGGAGACGUAUGGCUUUAAACAGGCUUUCAAAACAGCUGACAUGGGCAUCACAGAGAAUGCUACAGAGGGAGAUACACGGAUUGAACUUUGGUUCCGUCGUCAGAAAUCAAGGGAAACAUUACUUCUGCAAGCUGAAACCACUAGUGUGAAGGAAGCAUGGACCAAUGAGAUCACAAAACUUUUGUGGGAUCAAGGAGGGUUGAGCAAAGAGCACCGCAUACAGGAUACCUCCACAAUUGGUUCCAGUCACCGUUCUUUCCUUGACAUAAAAGCUGGAUUCAAUGCAAUAAGUGAACGGACAGUUAGCGUUCUCCUGACCGCUAGAGGAUCCCGUACCAGAGCAUCUGUACCUCUUAACUCCUGUGAGCACAGCUCUUCCCCACCAUCUUCUCUUUCACUUACAUCAGGACCAAGCCCUCGGAGGCUGCGCUCACCUGGAGGAGUCUCUCUUCCUGAUAAAAUCAGUGAAGAGGGAGGUGACUUUUUCACAGGUGGACCAGUGUGCCUCAAAUCAAUCUCACCCAUUAUGGAAGGAGAAAAGCCAAAGGAUCUAACCAUUGAAGCAAUCUUCCCUUCCACUUCUGUGUAAAGAAGAAAUCAUUUCCAAAGCUUAUAAUAAAUGAACAUAAAUUGCCUGCACAGUGCCAUAACCACUGACCAAAAGGACUACAUACUCAGCAUGUCAAUGACCUCAACAGAUGACAGUGCUAAAACAUAUAAUUCGUAUACACAAUGCACCAAAUACAAUGCUGUCAGAAACGCAAAAAUCAUCACUCUCUCCUUGGUGACUGACUUUUCUGGAAACGAAGACCACUAACAAAGCUUAUGAAAAUUAUAAAAUGAUGGACUGUCAAACUGAAGGGAAGCUAGCUUCAGAAGAUCAGUACUUUUUCUCUAAAAGCCAGGGACUUCAUCUCUGUUAACUGAAGGUGCAAACAAAAUGGUCAUCUCAUUUUUGUAAACUCUUAAUUUAAAAUUUCAGUACAAGGAAAUGUCAGAGAGAUUUUGGGGACCGUCAUGGUGCAGAAAUAUGGUUUACAGUGUGAGUAUGCUUAAUCACAAUGAUUCUAAGAUUUGUCAAUGAACAUCCAAGAAAUCAGCUUUCUUUUCUUAUCCAUUGUGGGAUUAUACUGUAGCUUAUAAGAGGACUGGACACUGGUGAAAAAAAAAAGUGCAGGUCAGAAUAACCCCUCCUACUACUAACACUAGUAUCAUGUCUGUUAUGUGGAGUGUGCUAUGCAAGGUAAGACUGCGCUUAGUACGCCCACCCCCCUCCCACAAAAACUACCACACCUACACGCA